ACGAUCCUCCCAACUAAAACAGCAGCAAAGUGUUUUUCCCAGUCACAAACGGAACGUGUUGGAAUACAGACGUAUCAUCACACAAAAUAUUAAGAAUAUACAAAGAGACGAACCAAAAUAUUAUAAAAAAAAAAAUUCAUACAAAGUGAAAAAAUAUUAACAAGUUAUCUUGAAAUAAUAACAACAACAACAACAAAAAUUUAAACGAUCAUUCAGAAUCAGAAUUUUUCAAAAUCAUAUAAAAAAUCGAAUAAAACAAAUAACAAACACACAAUCACUGACUCAAAAACGGCGACUGUAAUAAAUCGUCGAAAUAGAUUUCAUUUAAAUUAUUUCUCUUCAGUUUUUUUUUUGUCUUGUUUUCUAUUUAGAAGAGGAAUUUCUAAUAGAUUAAUUAAAUUGAUAGAUCGUGUCAAAUGUCAACUGUAUGCCAGUAUUUGUUCGCAUUGUAUAAAUGAACAUUUCAACAAUAAAUAAAUAAAAAAAUAAUAACAAUAAUAAUAAAAAAAAACAUCUCCUCUAUAUGUCUAUAUUAUCAUAUAAGUUGUUUGUACUUUUACUUCUUAUUGACGCUAUCAGUAACGUCGAUCCUAAGUAGUCAGACUCGUAGGCAGUUAUUGUCAUUUUUUCGGCAUAAAAUCGAACAAAUUUUCAAUACAAUACACAAACUCUUUAUGGUGAUUAAAAUAAUAUAAUCACACUCUCAACUUAAUUAAUUAUAAUAAUAAUAAUAAACCCCCAAAGAAAAAUCACUGUAAUAAAUUAAGAAAAAAAACAACAACAAAAUAUAAUGACAAUGUCAACCAAAGUGAUAAUUGUCGAAAAAAGAGUGUGAUAAGUGAAGAGUCAUUAACAAAGCAAAAACAAAAAUUGAGCAGAGAUUACCCUUCAAAUAAGACGAAUUUUAAGCAGCCGUGCACAAAUUUUAUUUUUGUGAAAAAAAAUAUCGAAAUAUUUAUAUACGAAUAACAUUUGUUGUUAUUUUGGUUUUGAAAUUUGAGAAAUUUUACGUUUGCGUUUUGUUGUCGUCUGUAAGUGAUCGUAAUGUGAGUGAUUUCUGUUCUUAUUUAACAAAAAAAAUUUAAAAAAUACCAAAAGUGCCAUAUGGAAAAUCCAAACAUCUGUGUUACAGAAAAUCCAAAAAGAAAAUAUUAAUUGAAUUGUUAGAAUUCAUUUAAAUAACAAGCAAAUUUUUCAAAACCUAAAGAAAAACAAAAACACAAAACUACCACAAACCGCUAAAGGCCUGCAUUUCGAAAAAAAAUCCCCAGAAUUAAGACCACAUAAAAGAUUUGACUCAAGUUACUAGUGAAAUUUGAAAGAAAAAGAGAACCACAAAUAAUUAUGUUUAAUAUUUCCCAGUAAAUACUUCUUGAAAUUUGUCAAAAAAAAGUUAUUAGCCCAAAGAUUUGCUUUACUUAAUUCAAAAUAAUAACGAAACUUUUCCAAAAUGGCAUCAUUUGUUUAUGCCGUUUGGAGUAUAACGAAUGUGGCUUCGGUUCACUGUUCGGUGCGUCCGGAACUUUCACCGUGUACUUGUGAACCCACAUAUGCCCAUAAUUAUGUUGAGCUGUCCUGUGAAAAAGUCGAUUCUUUUCAUACCAUUGUUGAUGCCUUGUCGAAUAAAUUUGAACCGAAUGUUAAUAUAAGCUUAAAAAUAACCCAUUCACAACUGGAAGAUCUGGAAAUGCGCUCGUUUAUGGAUAUGAAAUUGAAUCUGGUGAAAUUAAGAAUGCUGUGGAAUGGAUUAAAAUCUGUGCCAGAAUUACCAUUUCGAGGGUUAUCAAAUGUUGAGUAUUUAGGUCUCGGUGACAACGAACUUGAAGAAAUUCCAAAGCACAUGCUUAAUCAUAUGCCAGUUGUUAAGACGCUCGAUAUAGGAAGAUGUCGCAUACGAUCUGCGCUGCAAGAUGAUUUCAAGGGCACACAAAUGCUAACUAAUCUCUUUAUGCCGACAAACAAUUUGACGCGUCUUGAUCGUGCUACAUUUCCGCCCGGUUUAGUUACUCUACAUUUGGGUCGCAACAAUAUAGAAAAUCUAAAUGGCACUCUGAGACAUCUUAACAAACUGGAAUCUUUGUUUAUUAAUAAAAAUCGUAUAACCACUUUGGAAGAUGAAUUGCCCGAAUCAAAUUUGCUGAAAUUGAUAAUGGCCCAAAAUAAUAUGUUGGUACAUUUACCUGAACGUAUGAGACAAAUGGAUAAAUUGGAGACAUUGCAUGUACAGCACAAUCAUCUUGUAUCAUUGGAUCGAGUGUUAAAGAAUGCCAAGAAUUUAAAUGAAUUUUAUGUCUUUAACAAUCGCAUCGAAUCAUUGGCACGCGAUGAAUUCCAAAUGGCAACAAAAUUGGAAGAGUUAUAUAUAGCCAGCAAUAAUAUUAAAUCGUUAAAUGGUUCAUUGCUGCCAUUGCAAAGACUUUGUAAGGCGAAUUUUUCAUUUAAUUUAAUUGAUGAAUUCUCUAUGGACGAAAUUCGGGGUCUAAGGAGUUUAAAACAAUUGGAUUUAUCAAAUAAUCGCAUACGCAAGUUAUCUGGCCGCCAAGAGAAUAAUAUCGAUAAGAAUUCAUAUUUGGUAGAAUUAUAUUUGGAUUUCAAUGAGUUAACAUCUUUAGAUGGAGCACUUAUGGGCUUAAAUAGUUUGCGCAUUCUGGGUUUAACACACAAUCAGAUUGAACGUAUUCUGCCAGAGGACUUUAUCGGUUUGGAAAAAUUGGAAAUCCUAGAAUUAUCGCAUAAUAAGCUGUUGACCUUAAGGGAAAUGCAAACGACAGUGCUUCCCAGUUUGAAGAUUCUUAAAGUUGACUACAACAAUUUAACCAUACUCGAUAAAGAUUUCCAUGGUUUGCCUGUUUUGUGUCAAGCUCAUAUGACCCAUAAUCAAAUAAUAAGCAUUUCGCAUGAAUUGGUUGCUAAAACUAAUUGUAUGAAUCAUAAUGUACCCGGUAAAUUGGAAUUGUACUUGGAAGAUAAUCCCUUCCACUGUAAAAUGCUUUUGGAUGAAUAUUGCCCUUUAAUGGCCAAUACCGAAAAACGUAUACGUUUGCGUACGAAAUGUUUUGAGGCCUAUGAGGAUGUAUGCAAAAAUCGUCAAUUUGUGUUAAUGGUACCCACUAAUGAUCUGACUCAACAAGUAAUACCGGUAAUAUUACCCUCUACGGAUCUAUUGAAGAAAGCAGAUAAUUUAUUGCCACCAUUGUUUGCUCCGUUGGGCGGUCAGGGAAAUAUUAAGCCUUUGAUUCUAGCACCAGCUAUACAAAUUUUGGAGCCUACAACAACCACUACUACGACCACCACAACGACGACUACAACUACAGAACCCCCGACUACAACUACCACUGUAGCACCUACUACGGCCUCCAUUCAACUAAAUGAUAUGAUUGAAAAUGUUAACGAAACCACUAACAACGAAACGUUUAGUGUAAGCAAUGAAACAGAAUUAACAACUUUAAUGCCACGCCUAAACACUACUCAAGAAACUCUAAGCAUUCAAUUGCCCAAAACCGAAUUAAACGAUCAAUCCACUACUACAACCCAAAAACCUUCAAUUUUGGUUUUAAACAUGGAUGAUUCGCCACCUUCUGUUAUGCCACCCGAUGCAAAAAAUAAUAAUGUGCCUAAAACGGAAUAUUCUACUAUGGAGUAUAUACCAAACAUUGGGAAUCAUGCUAAUCACGAAUUAGUACCACCUCCCGAUGUUCUCAUCGACGAUGACUCCAAGUCAAAUUCAAUACACGAGGAGUAUCAUACAAAAGUCAUCACCGACUAUGAUAAUGCUCCCCAAAAUCUACUACAACCGGAUGAACCGCCUGAAAAUCCUUAAAAAUUAUAUAAAUUAUUCUCUUUUAUUAAUUAAUUUUCAAUUUAGGUCUACAUUCAAAUUGGCUUGAGCCCCCUCUGUGUAACGGAAGAAUGUUUAAAGAAAGUAUCUUUUGUAUUUGUUUACACAGAACGUAAAGAAAGUGUCAAAUUAAAUCAAGUUAUUAAAUACGAUAUCAAUACCUAUGUAUACCAGAUAUAAUUUAGAUUAUUAUUACGAAUAUAACGAUAUUUAAAUAUGAGAAGAAGAAGAAUUGAGAGAACCUUAAUUUGUAUGUGGUUUUUUGUUUUUAAGUUAUUUUUAGUAGAUUUUUUUUUACAAAUAUAUUUUUUUUGUUCUGUAUAGUUUUGUAAGAUUAACUUUUAUUAUUUUUUGAGUUGUAUUUUUUCGAUAUACCUACUAUUAUUAUCACUACUACUUCUACUAAAUACUAUUGUUGCCAGAAAAGGUAAAUUAUACAUCAUAAUAUUUGUAACUAAGAUUUUAGUAUUUGUUUUUUGGAUAUAUAAUUGUAUGUACUCGUAAUAUGUAUGAAGAUAAUAAAUAGUUAUUUAAUU